AUGGAGCCUGUCAACAAAUCCGGGAAAAAGAGACAUGGGAGACGUAAAAAUCGGAAACGUACCCGCAGAGAUCCUGCAGACGCGCUCAGGUGUCCAGAUGUUGAUGAAGGCAGCACAGAGAAGCUGGAAGUCAUCGUGGACACUGUGGGUCUCUCAGCCCUUCACAUGGCCUGCCUUUGUGGCCAGCUGGCUACCAUUCGGCUCCUCCUGGACGCCAAACCGGAGUGGGUCAACAGCAGAGAUCAGCAGGGUCGCCGGCCCGUCCACAUGGUCCUGUCCUCGAGCUCCCCGAACACCUCCUCGUGCGUCAGAUUCCUCCUGGAGCGCGGCGCUGACGUCACUGUGACCUCCGAUUCAGGGGUGACCCCGCUGCACCUGGCUGCCUCUGAAGGUCUCCUGGACUGCGCAGAGAUCCUCGUGCGGGCUGGAGCAGAUGUCUCCGCUCGGGACAACAUGGGAAUCACUCCUCUGAAUUUCGCCCGUAUCUUCUGCAACAGGAAGGUAGCAAGGUAUCUGAAAAGCUGCAUUUGGCAGAAAGAGAAGGACAAAGAAGUGAAGGAAAGGAAGCUGGUGCAGGAGUUAUACAGAGAUCUUGUGGACACGGUCAAACUGAACGACCUCAAUAAAAAGACUCUCAUUGAUGAGAAUAUUGCAGAGUGGGCAAACAAGAAAGGAUUACCUCUCUUGAAGGAUUUCUCCCCGAGAGUCCAGGUGAGCAAGUUUCACACUAAGUGCCUCUUAUCAGAUCAGGACAACUCCAAUCUAAAAACCAGCAAAGAACCACUGGAGGGCCAGGAGGACAGGCCUAAAACACCUGCAGCCCCCUCCAGGCCCUGGUCGGUCUAUAAUGUUCUUCAGCCAGAGAGUCUCUGUGACAGAGACCCAGACCUCCGGGGCUCUGUCACACUGUGGGGGGACGGGCGCCGCGGGCUGCCUCAGUACAGCACAAAGUGGGACGGCACGCCUCGCCCUGCCCCUGACCUGCCUCUGGAUGUCCUGGAGAGGGUGUUGUUCCCCAGGGCUUUCCCCUCCAGGAUGGCCACCCCUCGGCACUUUGAGGCCCAGGACAUCACGGAGGUCCAGCGCAGAGGAAACCCCCAGGGGCGGAGCACCUCCCCCUGGACAGAGGUGGCCAUGCACCUGGUUGAGGUGUUCGAGUUCAGACACUACUCAUCCCCUGAUACUGUUCUCAAAGAGCUUAAACUCGACAUAUGUGAGUAGGGUG